ACAAAUUCUCACCACAUUCAAUUUCACUGAUUUACGUACAAUGUUUUGCUGAACCGACAGUAUUAGUACGCGUAGCAUACGAUCACAGACGUACCUUCAUAUUGUGUAGAACUAUGCUCGUCCGUCAAAGAUAGUUUAUUUAUGGAUUCCAAGCGUCCACUAGAGCAGACCCACACAAAAGUUGAACGAGUGUUUCCGUCCGUACGCGAUGAUGAAUGAUUUCGAAUGAAAGACUGCAAGCAAUAAAACUCUCCCACUAAAAAUUACUUCCCAAUCGCGUAGCAGCGCCGCCAGGAAGCACACAGCUUCUGUUUUGCGAACUUGCCCCCGAUACAAGGGCGUAGGCCUAUACCAGUGGAAGUAAAGCAAUAUUGGGCAGUAUCACAGUUUGGGAAAGAUGGCAGGAAAUGUGUCGAACACGAUACCGAAAGCUGUGAACGUCUCCAAAUCUUGCAAACUAGAUUCCUGCUCCGCUGUAUCACCGCCCGAGGAUGGUGAUGGGUCCUUUGCAUGUCGUUGCGACAGGCGAUACACGUAUGGCGCUGGAAAGUGGAACGGACGGCAUUUCAAAAUCGAGACCAAGUCAGUGUCCACGUAGAACCCACAACUGAUGUGCUCAGUUUAUGCACGAAUACCAAUCAUAUCCACUGCUAGAAGAAAACCAGGCUCUCUUCAAUCGACAAUCUGGAAGUGGAAGCAUCACAGCUAUUGUAUGUCGUCGUCGCCAUGAACAAAGUUGAAAAUGCACCCCGAGAUUGCUAAUGAAAUCGAUAACACCUCGAGACAAGCCAGAUAGUAAAAACACCAGUGGUGCAUCUGUGAUGGUCCCCGGAUAU